AUGUCAUCCGAUCCAUUGAUCAAUCCAAAUCCAUAUUAUCAAGUUAAUAGAUGGUCACGUUUUUUUCAUAGUUGGAUAGCGAUAUUACUUAAAAAAAGUCAUAAACAAGGUACAUUGCAUUUAAAUGAUCUCUAUGAUCUUCUUCCUCAAUUUGAAGCAACAAAAUUAACUGAUGAUCUUGAAAAAAAUUGGCUCAAUGAAGUAAAACAAACACAAGGUAAACCAAAUCUUGUUCGUGCAACAUUAAAAACUAUGGGAUGGGGACCAUUACUUACUGGUUUACUUCUUAUUCCAACUGAAUUAGCUAAAUUUUCUCAACCAAUAUUAUUAACAUUUCUUAUGGGAUUUUUUGAUAUAUGUCCUACAAUAUCUGCAUCCUAUGCUUGGCUUUUAGUUGCUGCAACUAGUCUUGCUGCUUUAAUAUGUAGUACUACUUAUCAUCAAUAUUUUCAUCGAAUAACUAUAUAUGGUUUACAAAUGCGUGUAGCAUAUACUGGUUUAAUAUUUCGUAAAAUUCUUCGAUUAUCGAGUCAUUCGAUUAAUAAUUUUAGUUCUGGUCAAAUAACAAAUUUAAUAUCGAAUGAUGCAAGUCAAAUUGAAUUAACUUUUUAUUUUAUUCAUUAUUUAUGGGUUGCUCCAUUAGAAAUAGCUUUUGUUAUUAUUUUCUUUUGGAAAUAUGUUAAAUAUAUUUCUUUAAUUGCUGUUGGAUAUACAUUAUGUCUUUUAAUUAUUCAAGCUUCAUUUGGUCGUUUAUUUGUUUAUCUUCGAGCAAGAAUUUUACAUGUAACUGAUGAACGUAUUAAAAUUAUGUCAGAAAUAAUUAAAUCAAUGCGUAUUGUAAAAAUGUAUUGUUGGGAAACAGCAUUUUAUAAUAAAAUACGUUCAAUAAGAAAACGUGAAAUAAUACAAUAUGCUUUUCGUUUAUUACUUGAUUGUAUUCAAACAUUAUUAUCACAUACUUAUAUAAGUGUUACAUUUUUAAUGUUAUAUGGAACAAUGUGGUUAUUAGAAAUUAAAUUUGAUACAAGAUUUUUUGCACUUGCUGCUUGUAUGCUUGGAUAUAUGCGUUUAUCAAUAAUUGAUUUUUUUACUUAUGCUGUUCGUUAUCUAGUUAAUUAUUUAGCUGCAAAAAAACGUAUACAAAUAUUUCUUCUUCUUGAUGAAACUGAACGAGAUAAUCGAUUAUUAUCAACAUCUAUGUUAGAUCUUGAAUAUUCUACAAAAGAAGAAAUUCAUAAAGAAAAACUAAUAAUGAAUAUACCAAUGAAAAAAUCUCCUAGUGUUAUUUGUAAUUUAAAACAAGCAAAAUGGAAUCAGGUAUACUAUUUCAAUUAGAUAUGUAUGUAUCGAACCUCUCUACAUGUUCGAGUUCGGUCUUGAUUGUAAUCGUUUUCAACCAAUUAAUAAAACAAAGUAGAAUUGAGUUAAAAGAAAGGAUUUCAGGCUUGACUUCGGUAGAUCUAAAUGGGUUGAAGAGUUCAAGCAAUAGGCAUGUUACAUGAGA